AUGCAACCGAAACGAAGUUUUCACGAAAACAGUAAUGUACAAACAUCCGCCAAAGAGAAGGAAAAUGUUCGAAAGCCUGAAGAUCUGGAGCGAGCCUACGAAGUUCUGCGAACCACGCUUCCCAAACUCUUUGUUGAACCGCUGAACUAUUCCAUAUACAGCCCAAACCUUAUAUUUCAGAACAAUAUUACCGGCAAGCACACAGUCGGUCUAUACCACUUUGUUAAGCAAAUUGCCAUUCUUCGAACUGUAGCGCCUGGGGGCAUAUCCGGCCUGAAGGUGAUGUUCCAGUUCUGGAAAUACAAGGUGUGGCAAUUGAAGGAAGUACUGAAGGAUCAGGAGGCAUGGUACGAUGGAUUUUCCAUAUGCUACUUGGGAGAAAGCGGUCUAAUAGAAAAACACGUUGUUGAUAAAGUUAUGCCGGAUGAGAGUCGAGAGUCUGUUGAAAAUGCCUCUGCAAUCACCCUGCCAACCGAGUCCCUGGCAGCGACAGCAUCUCAGAAACUAAGCUGUCAAUAA